AUGGCCAAAAUGAUUGCGAAUAGGAUGAAGCCGUUUAUGGAUACUAUUAUUUCAGAAUCUCAAAGUGCAUUCAUUCCGGACAGGUUGAUAACUGAUAAUAUCUUAAUUGCUGCUGAGGUGGGUCAUUUUCUGAAUAGAAAGCAGUGUGGAAAGGCAGGUUGGGGAGCCCUAAAGCUGGAUAUGGUAAAAGCAUAUGACAAGAUGGAAUGGACUUUCUUGAAACAGAUGAUGAGAGCGCUAGGCUUUGCGGAGAGAUGGGUAAAUUUGAUCAUGUUGUGUGUUACUACUGUUUCAUAUAACAUUCUUAUAAAUGGUGCAGUUGGAGGGGUUGUGGUACCUACACGAGGCCUCAGACAAGGAGAUCCUCUGUCUCCUUAUCUGUUUAUUAUUUGCGCAGAAGGGCUGUCUAUGAUGUUGCAGCAGGCACAGUCUUUGGGCGCUAUCCACGGCUGUAGAGUAGCAAGAGGAGCUCCGGCUAUUUCCCACUUAUUUUUUGCAGAUGAUAGCCUUUUAUUCUUUAAGAUAAAUGCCCAGGAGGGGAGUGCAAUUAAGCGUUGUUUGGAGCACUAUGAGAAGCUGUCUGGCCAGUCCAUAAAUUAUCAUAAGUCCAGUAUUUGCUUUAGUAAAAAUACGACAGAGGAGAUAAGGGAGGAAGUGGGCGCGGUUUUGGGGGUUGCCCAGGCGGUUGAUUUCGGAAAAUAUUUGGGGCUGCCGUCGUUUAUUGGAAGGAAUAAGAAACAGGUUUUUGCUUUCAUUGAGGAAAAAAUUCGGCAAAGGGUGGGAUCAUGGAAUAAGAAGUUAUUGUCACAAGCAGGCAAGGAGAUUCUGUUGAAAACGAGGACAAUGAAUAGGUACUAUUGGAAUAAGGGGGGCGCAGGUGGAGGAGGAAUUCAUUGGAUGGCUUGGGAUCGUCUCAGUAAGCCGAAAACUGCUGGGGGCCUAGGUUUUAAGGAUCUAAAGGCUUUUAACCUAGCAAUGUUGGGGAAGAAGGCAUGGCGUUUCCUUACAAAACCAGAGUCUUUAGUUGCAAAAGUAUAUAAAGCAAGGUACUUUCCUAAGACUAAUUUUAUAGAUGCCACUGUGGGAAAUAGCCCUAGCUAUUGUUGGAGAAAUAUUAUGGCUGCCCAUGGCCUAGUAUGUGGAGGGAUAAGGAGGAGGAUUGGGAAUGGAGAGACAAUAAUGAUAGGGAAGGAUCCUUGGCUUUUGGACUUGGAUUAUAAGAUUCAUACUGGUUUGCCACAUAAUAUUUAUGAGUCAGGGGUGUCAGGUUUGAUUGACCAGGAUACUCGUUCAUGGGACCUGGAUAUCUUAAAUGAUAUUUUUGACCCACAUGAUGUAAAUCGUAUUCGCAGGGUGCCUGUUUGCCCGGAUUAUGAGGAUUCGUGGUAUUGGUAUAAGGAGCAAAAUGGAUCAUAUUCUAUCAAAAGCGCGUACCGAUCGGUUGUGGGAGAAAUACAAAAUAAUACUGGCUUUGACAAAUGGACAGCAUUAUGGAAAUUGGAUGUGCCACCAAGGUGGAAAACCUUCUUAUGGAGAGCGUUAAGUGGUAUCUUGCCAACCACAACAGCCUUGGCUAAUAAGAGAGUUUAUGUGAACCUAGCAUGCCCUAUGUGUCUAGACUUUAAUGAGGAUGUUAUGCAUUGUUUGUUAGAAUGCCAAUAUGCUUGUCGUGUGUGGAAUGAGUCCUGUCUUGCUAUAACCCCUGUGUUUGGUGGAUCGUUUGUUGAGUGGUUUCAGAAUGCAAUGACUGUGCUAACGAUGGAUAUUCUUAUUCAAGUUGUUGCAGUCUUCUAUCAUCUAUGGAAUGCACGAAACACGGCGGUAUGGGAGGAGUGCAUGUGGACACCGAGACGUUUGUGGUCUUGCGCCAAGGCUGCUCUUACGGCCUGGACCACUGCUCGGCCAUGGACAGCAGCAUCGGUACAGCAGCAACAUCACGACGUCACACCAGGAGGUCCGCAAUGUUACGUCGAUGCGGCUUGGAAUCCAGCGACACGAAUUGCAGCGUAUGGCGCGGUAAUUGUGGACGGGCAGAAGGCCUUUGUGGCAGCAACAAGUGGCCAGCUGCCGUUUUGUGAGAAUGCUAUCACGGCAGAGGCGCUGGCUUGUAAGGAGGCGUUGUCUUGGUUAAAGGAUCGGCAUGAAACAGAGGUUACCCUAUUCACAGAUUUUUCGGUCUUACAAUCCUAUCUAUCCAGAGUUGGCUCGCAACCUAGAUCAUAUGUUGGAAUUGUUGUCCAUGAGUGUUGGGUGAUUAUGACACAGCUUCCAACAUGUCAGUUACGUUUUAUUCCUAGACAUUUAAACAUUAUUGCUCAUACUCUAGCUUCAAAGGUCUCUGACCAGGAUAUUACUAUGUUUUGGGACGAUGUCCCUCCUAAUUUUAUUAUUUCACAUUUCCAGUAA